AUGGACAACAGAGACGGCGCUCCUAUAUAUACCGUCAAUGACUGGCAGGAUAACUCAGAAAUAGGCAGCACAUAUGACACUACCACCUCUGAACCGACUGACCAUACUAUGAGUACCCUAGCUUCUGACACGGCAUCUGAAUACUUCCAGGAGAUUUAUGGGCGGAUGUUUCCUAUCGACGAAAAUGUUCCACCUCUAUUCCCAACCGACGACGCUGAAGUGCGGCGCCUCAAGUUGCAACAUCUCAGUCUCAAAUUAAUCAUUGGGUCCAAUUAUUUUGGGCCGGUGCGAAAUGCACUCGCAGAGAGCCCGGAUGGGAGGCGCAAACGUGUAUUGGACCUCUUUACUGCGGACGGAACAUGGGUUCGUGAAAUGGCUGCCGAGUUCCCUCAUGUCGACUUUACAAGCGUGGAUCUCGUUCCAAUCGUCCCUCAUACUCGUUGUGCAAAUAUCCUGGGUUAUGAAGUGUACGAUGUGUACAACGGAGUCGCAGAAGCGGACAACACAUUCGAUGUUAUCCAUUUGCGAUAUUCUAUGAGCAAGGUGAAUCCAACCCCUAUCAUACGCCACCUACGCCACAUUGCCAUUAGGCAGCUACCCUCGCUCGUGCGAGAGUUGCAUAGAGUACUCCGUCCGGGUGGACUCUUUCUCUACGGCGAAUACGAGAACGAAGUGUUUGAUGCCUCGAUGGGAGAUCAUGCCGCCUCGAGCACUGCUCCCUACUAG